AUGAAGUUCAUCACUCUUUCCACCAUCUUCUCGGCCGUUACAGUCGCCUGCGCUCUCCCUAUCGAAGGCGAACAAUCAGUCUGUGGUGUGACUGGCAUCAUGGGCGACGUCCCAACAAACAUCAGAACCUCUGCCUUCAAGGCCCUGGCUGGCUUCGCCACCCCUGAAGCCUGCCACGACAAGUGCUUCAGUGUCGAGUACUCUGCAUGCAAGUCCUUCGGCAUCCGUCAGAGCGGUGGCGGCUCCUGUCUUCUCUUCGAUUUUGAUAUUACACCCAAUAUCAUUCCGCGUCAGUCGGUUUACACCUACUUCCCCCUCCCCCAGGGAAUUCGUGGUGCCGUUCCCGAGAACGUCGCUAAGCACUACUAUGCCGAUAUUACCAAGACAAAGGGCACCUACGCUGGAUGUCGUGGAGUUUGUCUUGCUGAUCAGAGAUGCAAGGGCUUUGGAUACAAGGAUGGGGGUAACUGUCAGCUUUACGAUGUUUCUCUUGAUGGCAAGGUCAAGGCCAAGCCUGAGUGGGCUUAUAUUCAGUACCAGGUUGAUUGCCCAACUGUCGACUGA